AUGGGGGAAAUGGAGCAGAUGAAGCAGGAGGCUGAGCAGCUGAAGAAGCAGAUUGCGGAUGCCCGGAAAGCCUGUGCAGACACAACACUUGCUCAGAUUGUGUCUGGAAUGGAGGUCGUUGGACGCAUCCAGAUGCGGACCCGAAGGACCCUGCGGGGACACCUGGCCAAGAUCUACGCCUUGCACUGGUCCACAGACUCCAAACUUAUGGUCAGUGCCUCACAAGAUGGGAAACUGAUUGUGUGGGACACAUACACAACUAACAAGGUCCAUGCCAUCCCUUUGCGCUCCUCCUGGGUCAUGACCUGUGCCUAUGCCCCCUCUGGCAACUUUGUGGCCUGUGGAGGCCUUGACAACAUGUGCUCCAUCUACAGCCUCAAGUCCCGUGAAGGCAGCGUCAAAGUGAGCAGGGAGCUCUCAGCCCACACAGGAUACCUCUCCUGCUGCCGAUUUCUUGAUGACAACAACAUUGUGACUAGCUCUGGAGAUACCACAUGCGCGCUCUGGGACAUCGAGACGGGGCAGCAGAAGACUGUGUUCAUUGGUCACACUGGAGACUGCAUGAGCUUGGCUGUCUCCCCUGACUUCAAACUCUUCAUCUCGGGGGCUUGUGAUGCUACUGCCAAACUGUGGGACGUGCGGGAGGGCUCCUGCCGCCAGACCUUCUCCGGGCACGAGUCCGACAUCAAUGCCAUCUCCUUCUUCCCCAACGGCGAGGCCAUCUGCACGGGCUCCGACGACGCCACGUGCCGCCUGUUCGACCUGCGGGCAGACCAGGAGCUGAUCAUGUACUCCCACGAGACCAUCAUCUGCGGCAUCACCUCCAUCGCGCUCUCCCGCAGCGGCCGCCUCCUCUUCGCCGGCUACGACGACUUCAACUGCAACAUCUGGGACUCCCUGAAAGCAGAGCGUGUGGGAAUCCUUUCUGGGCACGACAACAGAGUGAGCUGCCUGGGGGUGACGGCGGAUGGCAUGGCUGUUGCCACUGGCUCCUGGGACAGUUUCCUCAAGAUCUGGAACUGAGGACGGCAGCAGGGAGGGGAGGAGCAGCGGAAGCACGGCCCACAGCCCGAGCCCAUGCGACACAGCAUCAGCAGCUGAGCACAACAGAAAUGCCUACCUACCACUCCCACUUGUCUCUAGACACAGGUCACUUGUAGGAGUCUCUCAGAGUGAAAGGAGAUCAGGGAGGAGAAGCAGGGGGAGCUGGGGAGCAGGAGCACAGGCACUGGCCCUUCUCUCCAUCUCUAAACAACCCCAGCGGUUUCCAGCCUUGUGCAGGCUUGAAGACCUGUUCUUUACAUCUCAGGACUUUGCAGUACAAUUCAGACACCCUGCACCUUCCUUCAAACACCUCUGCCCACACUGGUACCCCUCCUCUCCUCCCCCUGAGGACCCCUCAUGUAACACCCACCCCAAACUAAGCUCUCUCCCUGCUUUAACUCUACCUAACUUCUCUGUGCAGCUGUCCUGUAUCCAUGCAGACAGCCCAAGACACACUGGAUUUGAGAUUUCUAUGGCACCACCUCAAACAUAAAGCUAGAGUAAAUUUGGCUCAUUUUCACCAGGGAACACUUAGCUCAAGUCCUAUCUAUGCAUAAAGGGGGAAAGGCAGCCUUCAGACCUGCCAGAAUAGCAGGGAAUAUAUUUAUUCUUUUCCUAGUUCAAGUCUUAUCUAUGCAUAAAUGGCAGAAAGGUAGCCCUCAAGACCUGCCAGAAUAUCAGGGAAUAUUAUAUUUAUUCUUAUUUGUUGUCUGCUUCUUGCUGUUCCUUCCCUCUUUGCCUCACUCCUGCAUUGUGUGGUGACCCUGUCUAACCAGUAGCCAU